AAUGUUAAACUCGACAGACCGGGAAAUGGACAGAAUGUGAAAAUCUGGGUGAAAAUAAUGCAUGAAAACGGAGAUGUCAUCCUGGGCCACCAAAGGCUCUCAUUCACCAUAAAUGGAAGAGAUAUCAUUAAGGCCCUGGAAAUCUGUGUGCCCCUUAUGUACAUACACGAAACAGCACUGAUUCUCACCGACUCCAAAUUCUGUUCUGGGAGAGCUUCCAGUGAAGCAUCAGAAGUGAAACCAGGAUCCAGGCUCCUCCUAGAGGUUCACCUCCUGUCAGUCAGGGGAACACGUCUGGAGGUGAAGCCCAAGGCUGAGCAGCUGAAAAUGAUCAGGAAUGAACGAGAGAAAGGCAACUGCUAUUUUCAGAGCAAGAAUUAUGAGCUGGCGAUCCUUUGCUACACUUAUGCUUUAACAAUCAUAGAUGCAAACACCAAAGAUGUCCUCGACCAUGAAGAUGAGAAAAGUUUUCUUGAUGAAAAAGUGAAAUGUUACAGUAAUAUUGCAGCCUGCCACCUGAAUACCAGAAACUUAGAGGAGGCUUUUUCCUGCUGCGAUAUUGUCUUGCAACAUCAGCCUCAGCACUGCAAAGCCUUGUUCAGGAAGGGCAAGGUUCUUGAACUGCAAGAGAAGUAUUUCCUCUCAAUCAAAUUUCUUAGAAAGGCUUCACAGGUGGAGCCUGCAAAUCAGGAAAUUGAGAGGGAAAUGAAGCUUGUUUUUGAUAAAUGGGCAGAAAAAUCAGAAGGUACCAGCAAUGCUAAAACAAUGAAUGCAUGUCCACUGUUCCUGGUUGAAGAUAGUAAGGUUGAAAACACAAAGAAUCAUUCUGAAAUACAGGAAAAGCCAGAAGAAUGCCAAGAGAUUUAAACCUUUCAGAGACUGAUUUAGAUUCUGAGAAAUAUUCUGAUGCACGCAUUAGGAGAUACAUCUACUCCCCUUAAUGGUAUUACUGUGUCCAGACUGAGAAAACUAGAAAUUCCUGUAAACACUAUUAGUGGAUGAAUGCUUAACAUGUUUGUGUGAUAUACCUCUGUCCGUUCCUACAAUUUGAUUUUAACUUGUUCAAUACCCCAAUUAAAAUAAUGGACAAAGGAAUGUCUUACAAAUUCCCAGUUUGUGCACUAACGUGGCCAUCAGCAAUACCUAGCCUACAAUUUACAAAGAAGAGCAAUGAUUAACAUGUUACAUAAAUUCACUGACCUGAAUCUACACCUGGAGUUAGUUGCUAGGCUAAACAACAUAUUCUUUGAUUGAACAUCUACCUAUACAUGGAUUGAAUAUUUUACCUUGUAGAUCAAACACCUUGCUUCUGCACUAAAUAUCUUAUCGAAAGAGAGAAAGAGAGAGAGAGAGAGAGAGAGAGAGUGAGAGAGAAAGAAAGAAAGAGAGAAGGGGCACAGACCAGAAUAAAAAUUAAUGUUCGUACUGAAGAGGUUAUUUAUUUUAUGAAGUGGAAAAAUAUCUAUAGCUGCAUAGUUGGUUCAGCUAUGCAGCAUUCUCAAUGUAAUUUCUUUCCAUCUACUAUUCACAAUGCAACUCCAUGCCAUUUAUUCAAUCAUUCCUAUGUAAUGCCAGUUGUUUAAUCAUCUCUAUGUAUUUAGUUAUUCAGUCAUCUCUAUUGAACUGUCAGGUAUCCACUAUCCUCAGUGCAGCAUUUAGGCAAAACCAUUUAAAAAGGUUGGGCUAAUUUUUAAAAAGUACGUUUUUUUCCUUUAAUCUAUGUUCACACCAAUUUCUUUAGAAGCAUUUUAUGUUUGUCUACCAAUCAACUUUUGUUACCAAAGGCAUAUUUUAUUUUAUACUUUAAUUAGGUUCAUUGAAUGACGCUUAAGCACUAUCAAUGU